AAGUUUUAUAGGACAUUAAUUUUAGACUUACUUGUUAUACAGUACUUAUAUCUGACUCUGUAGGAAUAAUUGUGAGUCACAGAUCUGAGUUCAGUUCAGUUGGGUUGAUUUCAUGAUGUGGAAUAUGUGACAUGGCAGCAGGGCACUGCCUUCUGGACUUUACUGCCUUUAUCAGAGCUCGGCAACCCAUUUAAAUACAGUGCUGAUACCUUCUCAACACUUACACACAGAAGAGGACAAGAGAAAGAGUCUGCGCAUAAUCAUGAAGGUCCUGGUAGUGUUUGUCAUUGCAGUUUUCACUGGUUGUCAUGCCAGUAUGUUGUGGCAGGACCAGUCAGCGCCCAGUAUGGAUCUGGUGAAAAACGCAUUCUGGAAUUACGUGUCUCAGGCAACCCUCACAGCUGAGGACACCCUGCAGAUGAUCCGAAACUCAGAACUGGGUCAAGAAAUCAAUGACAGGAUCUCUCAAAGUGCAGAUGCCAUCAACAAAUACACCCUGGCCAUUCAAAGUCAAGUAACUCCUCUGACUCAAGACCUGAUGGCCAAACUUUCCCAAGAGGUAGAUCAGCUGAAACUGCGCCUGGAACAGGAAAUGACAUCUGUGCAGUCCCAUCUCAAGCCUUACGUUGAGGAAAUCAGAGGUGAUAUUGAGGAGCAGGUUGAGCGGCUGAAGAAGGAUGCGGCCCCAUAUGCAGAGGCCCUGAACUCUGAGGCCCUGAGAUCUACUCUGGUCCAAGGGGCCGAGGAGCUGAAGGCCAAGCUGGAGAGAAGUUUGAUGGAGAUGGGUCCUCAAACCGAGGAGCUGAAGCAGAAACUGGACCAGCACUUUUUGGAGUUUCAGAUGAGCAUGUCACCAUUGGCCCAAACCUUUCAGAGUCAGCUGGCCCAGAGAAGUCAGGAGCUUCAGAAGAAUCUGGCUCCCUAUUCAGAGGAGCUCAGCAAACUGGAUCCAUACGCCCAGGACCUGAAGACCCAGUUAACAGCUCUCUGGGAGUCCUUUGCCAAGAACAAGCAGUCUUGAGAGACUUUUGGGAAAUGCAAAAGGACACUUCUGUUACCACUGAGGGUUUCACAUAGUAUAUUUCUUUGUUGCUCAUGUAUGUUUUUCAAAAAAAAAAGUAAUAAAAUAGCACAAACACUAAUUUAUAAUGCUGUGGUCACUCCAAUUGUGUGAGGGUUUAAAAAAAAAACAAAACACAAACACUAUGUCUAAUAUACUACACUAUGUAUAUUUGUAAUGCUGUGGUCCAUAUGCAAGAUUUUAAUUGCAGAAAUGUGUGCGAGGCUUCUGAACUUUUAUUUAAUUCUGGCAACCCAAAUAUGAUUAUUUAAAGCUGGAAUAAACAUUAGACAUCAUACACUUGACUUUCCAACUACUUUUUCCAAGUCAUUCUGAGCACAACAAAAGCACACAGAAACAUGAGCCUUUUUGCUAGGACAUGACAAAUAAAAACAAGUGAGUCUGUGGCCAUCACACACUAUACGAAUUUCUGUGAACUCUGUCGACUGCCCAAAAUCUGCAGACUGGCUCUGACUUUCAGCAAUUAGCAUCUACUUGUCCAGACUGCAAAUAUCUGUAUAAAAAUCAUGUAUGUAUUCCAGUCUUUAGAGCCACAAAGGUAGCGGACUAGGAGUGAUACUUGGAUAAGCACCCAAGUUGUCCAUAUGCAAAAAAAAAAGUGAAUUGCUUUAUCUUUAUUUGUUAGUCAGACAAAAGAACAAGGGUUCAAAUCCUGUUCAUUUUGACAACACUCUGUCACCAAGCACCCAGCUAUUUUACCUCACACUUCAAUUUUAAGGUCAUGUGGCCUUUGAACCCUAUGAGGAAUGUUUUACCUACUUUUUUGUAACAUUUCAAAUAGCCAGGAUAAAAGUGUGUCGGCCCACAAUAUAUAGGGCUUGACAUUAUCAGUUAUUGAUUGU